AUGGCCGCACCUGCUUCACUUCCGGCGCCGCCCGGUGACGUCACUGAAAAAGCUCGCAUCCCAUUGGUUGAUUCGCGCGUCGCGCCGGAAGUGGCUCCCCGCCGUGGCCGUGGCGACCGGGACGCGGCGGGGCCGGACCCGGGGGACGAAACCACUGAGCCGCCGCCCCCUCCGCAGGCAUGGACGGGCCCCCCGCGCCCGCCGCCGCUGCUGCCGCGGCGCCCCCGGUGCCGGCGGCGGGCGCGGGGGUCCCGGGGGGGGUCCCGGGGGGGGGUCCCGGGGGGGCUCCUGGCGCUGCCCCCGGAGCUGCUGCUGCGGAUCUGCGGCUUCCUGCGGGCCCGCGACGUGCGCCGCGUGCUGCCGCGCGUCUGCCGCGCCCUGCGCGACCUGGCCCGCGACGCCGUGCUCUGGAGGCUGCGGCUGCAGCGCCGCGCCCGCCGCCCCCUGCCCGUGCUGCCAGAGGAGGGCUUCGACUGGGCGGCCGCCUGCGAGGACCUGGAGGAGCACCUGGAGCGCUGGGGGCCGGGGGGGGCCCCCAUGGAGCACUUCUCCCUGGACGAGGGGCACUUUGCCUCCGUGGACUCGGUGCUGCUGCUGCAGGGGGGCUCGCUGUGCGUCUCGGGGGGCCGCGACCGCAACGUGAACCUGUGGGACCUGCGCGAGCUGGGCCGCGCCCCCCCCGGCAAGGUUCUGGUCAAGGCUCUGGGCUCGGGGCGCGGCGGCACCCACAAGGGCUGGGUUUGGUGCUUGGCCUCGCGGGACUCGCGCGUCUGCUCCGGCUCCUGGGACAGCACCGUGAAGCUCUGGGACCUGGCGGCCGAGGGGCAGCAGUUCGGGGAGAUCCGGGAGAAGGCGGCCGUGCUGUGCCUCUCGUACCGCCCCGACGUCCUCGUCACCGGCACCUACGACAAGACCGUGACCGUGUACGACCCGCGAGCCGGGCAGGCGCAGGUGAGCAGCUACAAGCCCCACGCCAGCGCGGUGCUGUCGCUGGCGGCCGACGAGCGGCUGAUCGUGUCGGGCAGCGAGGACCGGACCCUGGUGGUGUUCGACCGCCGCGCCGGCUCCGUGCUGCAGCGGCUGCAGCUGGACAAUUACCUGCUCUCCAUGUCCUACCGGGGCUCGCAGCUCUGGGCCGGGGACAACCAGGGCCGUGUGUACCUGUUCGGCAGCGGCGGCGGCGGGCUUCCAGCCCGCCCGGUAUUUCGACGUGGGGCACCGGCUGCAGAUCACGGGGCUCUGGCACUCGCUGGGCUCGCUCUACACCACGUCCACCGACAGGACGCUGCGGAUCCACGUGCCCACGGACCCGCCCCGCACCAUCUGCUCCUGGACGCACGACGAUGUCCUCAACGGGGGUGAGGAGCCGCCCCCAGC